UCAUGUCGUGCCCAGUGGCACGCCAGCGCACGCGAGCGACCAUGCCCGUGCACCAAGCCAUGCCCAGCAAGGCUGGCAGAUUCAUGCUGCGCCCAGUCCAUGCAACGCCCGUGCUCGCAGCCUUAGCAGGCCCGUUGGCCGAGCCAGCAGCCGACCGCCCGGCCACAGCAGGCCGGCAGUCCGGCCAGACCGGAAACCGACCGGUUCAGACUGGUUUAAGUCACGGGAAGGCUGUACGUGGGACAGGUUCAAGGAGUUGAUUCGAGAAAAGUAUUAUCCUGCGUACUAUCGAGCCGAAAUGGAGCGUCAGUUUCUGUCACUCCAACAAGGUACUCGUACACUGGACAAGUACGAGCAUGAGUUCACUCGACUUGGAGCCUUUGUUCCCGAUUUGGUGAGCACUGAGGCAAAGAGAUCGAGGCAUUUCACUGACGGGCUUUUGCCAGCAGUCCGUCAUAACAUUGUAGGUCAUGGCACUCAGACCUAUGCCCGUACUGUCACCAUAGCCAGGAAGUCGACGCCAGCAUCCGGAGGGAAGCCAACCAGGGACAACAAGAAAAGAAAGGGAAAAGGCUUUCAGAAUGACAGGAAGAACCCUCCGAGACAAGUAGGAGCCGCCAGGCCACAGCAGAUUCCACCAUGUGCUACUUGUGGACGACCCCAUCGUGGAGAGUGUCAUUUCGGCCAGGACAUUUGCUAUUAUUGCCAUCAGCCCGACCAUUUUGUCAACAACUGCCCAGAGCGACCUCAGCCACGACAGCAGCCACCACAGCAGCGACAACAGCAGCAGUCCAGACAACAGGCCCCGAGGCCAUCCCAGCAGCAGCAGCAGAGAGGCAGACAUCAGGCUCGUGUUUAUGUUGUUGAUCAGGUCGAGGCGGAACAGCACCUAGGUACUAUGUCUGGGAUGAUUAUGCUUAACGAUGUUCCUGUCUUCGCUUUAUUUGAUACUGGAGCCACUCAUUCUUUUAUAUCGCGACAAUGUCUUGAUGCCAUUGGAGUACAUUCUAUUACCACUAUCGAUCCUCUCGAGGUGAGUUUAGCCUCGGGACGAAAGAUAGUGACCGACGCCAAAUCUACUGAUCUCAUCCUUUCUAUCGAUGGUCGUAUCUUGUCUACCGACGCUUACGCUCUCGAGAUGAGAGACUUUGACCUCAUUCUCGGUAUGGAUUGGCUAACAUAUUUUCAUGUAGGUAUUCGAUGCCAUGACAGGGAGAUUACUCUUUGUCUUCCGAGAGAUGAGCAUAUUACUUUCUAUGGCACCAAGACUUGUUCUUUACCUCAUGUAUUUCCAUGGCGAAAGCCAAGAAAAUGUUACGACGAGGUGACU